AUGAUAGCGCCUCUUAGGUCGUUCUCGGGAAUAAACGUGGCGGAGCCCGGGAGCCCACCGCCCCGCCCCCACCCCCGCCCCCGCGCGCGCCGCGGGCCCGGGGCGCUGAGAGGGGCGCGCAGUGGAGCUCUCAGACCCCGCGCCCCCAGGCCCAGACGCCUAGGAGCGCGGGGCUCACUGAGUUCCCCGACCCUGAGCGGCAGGAUCGGGGAGGGUGUCGGUGCGGAGAGUCCAGGAGGUCCCGGCCUAUGGCCGUGGGCGGAAGCCCCUCUGGGAGCCUCUCCCCAGCCAUGGACAACCCGUCUUCCAGAGCUCCAACAGCCUCUGCUGGUGGGUGUAGGCGGUGAGCCCCCUGCCCAGAAGCCUGGCGAGCCUGAGCCAGUGCCUCCCUUUCGAGAGACAGCCUUUGCAGAAUCACUGAGGGGUUGGCAGUUCCUGCCACCAUCUCUUCCUUCUGUGAGUGCUGUACUGGGGGAGCCAGGGCUCCCCGACCUUGAGGAUGUGUCAUCCAGUGACAGUGACUCGGGUUGGGAUGGGGGCGGCCUUCUGUCCCCACACCUACCCCACGACCACCUCGGCUUGGCUGUCUUCUCCAUGCUGUGCUGUUUCUGGCCCGUGGGCAUUGCGGCCUUCUGCCUGGCCCAGAAGACCAACAAGGCUUGGGCCGAGGGGGACGUCCAGGGGGCAGGGGCCGCCUCCCGCCGCGCCUUCCUGCUGGGGGUCCUGGCCGUCGGGCUGGGCGUGUGCACGUACGCGGCCGCUCUGGUGACCCUGGCCGCCUACCUCGCCUCCCGGGACCCGCCCUAG